CCCGUUCUUGUGUUCUUUUCUCUCUUUCUCCCUUCUGUCUCCUUCCCUUACUCCCCCUUUCUUGCUGUCCCUUCCCUGGCAGACUCCACUCCAGAUCUGUGCCGCCUGCUACCUACAAACUUUUUUGAGCGGAUCACUUUAAACCAGAAGACAAGUAACUGCUGCUCUUCUGCCUUCGGCUCCUUUGAUCGUCAGAGAGGCGACGCCACAAGAGUUUUAACUAUUUUGGCUGAAACUUGGGAGAGAGUUUUUUUUUUUUUUUUUUUAAAUCUACCCUUUAAUUGCGCAGCCAAACGCUCUUAGUACCGGGUGUUAAGAGUUUAAUGAGUGGCAAUGUGUAGCAAAGCGAUCCUAGCACUACUGGUCUAUGGGAUAAUAAUGCACUGCAGCGUCUACUGCUCACCUGCUGCUGGAUUUCAAUACCCUGCGCUAAGGAUUUCCCAGGAGGCACCGCCACAUGCGUCUGAAUUCUUGCCCUUUGCUUUCCGGGCUAGGCUGGAAGAUGAAGUAUAUGACGAGGAUGGAAACACGCUGCAGGAUUUCGCCUUUGACAACGACCCUCUUGGCAUAGCAAACCCUUCCUCCAUGAUAGACGACAUGUACACCCUGUACUACCCACCGGAAAAGAGGCACGCCGAUGGGAUAUUUAACAAAGCCUACAGGAGAGUCCUGGGUCAACUAUCCGCUAGGAAAUACCUGCAUUCUUUGAUGGCCAAACGGGUCGGCGGUGCCAGUGGCCUGGAGGACGACUCGGAACCGCUCUCCAAACGGCACUCGGAUGGCAUCUUCACAGACAGCUACAGCCGCUACCGGAAACAAAUGGCUGUCAAGAAAUACUUGGCAGCGGUCCUGGGGAAAAGGUAUAAACAAAGAGUUAAAAACAAAGGACGCCGAGUAGCGUAUUUGUAGCGCCGAGUCACCUACCACUCCUGUGUAUACAGAGCCCUAAAAAGAGAAAAACAAAAGUCAUUUCCAAAGUGACUGAACAAUCACCGCUCCUGUGUUAUCUAAACAUGUAUUUAUGUAUGAAGUAAAGCCAUUAAAUGAAUAUUUUGAUAAUAAUAUUGUUUUUCUUUUUGUAUAAAAGCACUAGAGAAACGCACAGAUCUACUUUGUGGACCAAUCAUUAAGUUAUAUAUAAUAUAUAAAUAUAUAUAUAUAAAUACUACUGAAAGAGAACAAUUCUUCAUAUAAAGCCUGCACAAGAACAAAAAAAAUUCGCCUGAGCUGUUUAUGUUUUUAUAUAAAAUAAAUAGAAAAAAAGACAAUCAUUGUUUGAAUAUUGCUCCUAUUUUUGUAAGUGAAAUUAAAAGGAUAGUAUUUUUAUCCACGACAGAGUCGAAGACAUUAAUAGUCACCAUUUGCUACUGUAUAUAGACACUGAUGCCCCACUACAAGAGGAUUAUGGUGAUAAUGAUUUGGAAGAAUUGCUGAAGCAGAUUCUUACCCCCUGCCCCUCAUAAGUCUCAAGACAGGCUCCUUUGCCACUAGCCUAUUUUAAGGGGGAACUGCUUCCCCCUUGCGAAAGAUUUCAAUUUUUCUGCUUUCUUUGGUUCCACUUUUAUAUGUAUUUGUGUCUCUCAAACACUGAGCUUAGAAGAUAAUUCUCCUGUGGUGAAACAGCUCUGUCAAAAUUGUGCAUCUCUGACAAUUGGAGGGGGAAAAAUAUUUAGCCGCAUUCAUUGUUCUUCUAACUGAUUGGGCACAGCUACAGAACAAAGCCAACCAGAAAUUAGAGCGAUUGGAAACCAUUUGAAAUUUCGAUACUAGAAGCGAUAGAGCACAGAUCAGAGAGGAGGUGCCCCUAAUGAAUGCGUGGUUUUAGACUGCCAGAGGGUCUGGGUAACAUGAGACAAUUCCACUUUAGAUCCACUACCUAACUGACCGUCGGCCGCUCGGUAUUGGAACUUGAUGCAAAGUAUAAUGUGUUACUCUCCAGUGCUGUCCAUGCCUCUCAUCAUGUGAAAUGACCAGGAUUCUCUCCUUUGAAUUUUUCAAGCGGAGUUGCUCCUUUCCUUUGUUGUUUUCUUGUAGACCCUUUCUCCUCCCGACCUGUCUUGCUCUAUUUAUGCACGGUUUCCCAUCUGAGUCACUUUAUUAUUAUUUUCAAUUUAAAGUUGUGAACGCCUCUCACUCUUUUGUUCUGUUUGAUGCAAGCUCUUAUUGUAAAAGUUUAGGAACCCCUGUUGUAGCUACCACUAAAUAAUUAUGCACUACAACUAAAGUUUUGUUCUUGUUUAUUGAGUUUGGAGGUAAAAUGUAUUUUUCUACAUUAUGGCUUAUUGCUUAGUAAAAGUUAUUUCAUAAAACAAACUUUUGUCAUAAUAGAAUGUGUAGUUUCUAAUAACCGAUGAAUCAUUUCAACUUCAUCUUUACAUGUACGGAUUAAUAGCUUCCCUUCUGGGGAAAAGACAAACCAAACCUGCCCGAGGGAACUUUCCAUUCCUUCUCCUCGAAAGGUGACUAAAGAGAUGUCAUGUACGUAUGUUUCCUUUCAGAUCCCUAACCAUAUUCUAGAGGAAUCUUUUGAAGGAAAAUAACCAGCCCUAAAUUACAGUCUUCUGUUGCUUAAAAAGAAAAGCCACUUGUAAAAUUUAAAAGACUUUUCAUUUUCCUUUACCAGUCUGAUCAGUGUUAAGUAAUAAAUCAAAGAAAACAGAAUUGAGUUUGCAAUCCCAGGCGGGAUGGCGAGUGCCAGCGGAGCUUAUUGCAAACAGUGCUAGCACACAGGCAUUCGAUCUAUGCCUGAGAAGUGUGUAUGAAAAUCAAUCUUACUUUAAUUUUGCAUUCUCCUCAGGCAAUGUGACGCAGGAUGCAGUUUGCAGCGUUUCGUGCCUUUCUUCGCCUUUUAAAUCGCCACGAAUUCACAGAUGGCUAUUUAGUGGCCCUACUAUGCUGCAACACAUCAGCUUGCAUUUUAGUCUUAAUUAUUUGUUCUUGGGUAAUCGGCAGACGUUGCUGUAUUUGUGUCAGCUGUGGUAUAAUGAAAUAGGGCUUUAUUGACGUUUUAUUUAUGAACUAUCAUUUCGAGUUCAGUGGCUAGUUGCAAGCAUUAUAAAGUGAUCACAUAGGUUAUCCUCUGUUUAAUUUUUAGAAAAACCAACAGUCUUACUAAAACGGAGCAGAUUUGCGAUACAGUGAUAAUUUAGGUAGAUGUUAGUCUUGCAGAUCUUAUUUUGUGUGCAACUGAAUAUAAAAAUAACUUAAAG